CAGGCAUUAUGGGAUAAGGGCGGAAUUGUAGCGGUUUCCGGAUUCCCUGGAUUGGGCUGCUAAGAAGAAAGAAAACUUGGGAGGAGGGUAAAAAAAACUCCUGUUUUUUGAGUUUUAUCACGCAUUUAUAACAGUUGUAUCAUCAAGUGGGAGCAUCAUGUCACAUGGAGAAAAAGGAAAGUUGCCUGAUGCUGCAGGAUAUGUGGGAUUUGCCAACCUGCCCAAUCAGGUGCACAGGAAGUCUGUGAAGAAAGGCUUCGAGUUUACACUGAUGGUAGUCGGAGAGUCUGGUCUUGGCAAAUCAACCCUGAUCAACAGCCUCUUCCUGACUGACCUCUACCCAGAGCGCUAUAUACCUGGAGCAGCAGAGAAGAUUGAGCGCACGGUCCAGAUUGAAGCGUCCACGGUGGAAAUCGAGGAGAGGGGAGUGAAGCUCCGCCUUACUGUGGUGGACACGCCUGGAUACGGAGACGCCAUAAACAGCCAGGACUGCUUUAAGACGAUCAUCCACUAUAUUGAUAAUCAGUUUGAGCGAUACCUGCAUGAUGAGAGCGGACUGAACCGCAGACACAUCGUUGACAACAGAGUGCACUGCUGCUUUUACUUCAUCUCUCCAUUUGGACACGGCUUGAAGCCUCUGGAUGUUGAAUUUAUGAAGGCAAUCCACAGCAAAGUCAACAUCGUCCCUGUGAUCGCCAAAGCUGAUACGCUCACGCUGAGAGAGAGAGACCGUCUCAAGAGAAGGAUUUUGGAUGAGAUCAGUGAACACGGGAUCCGGAUCUACCAGCUUCCAGACGCUGAUUCGGACGAGGAUGAAGAAUUCAAGGAACAGACGCGUGUCCUAAAGGCCAGCAUCCCGUUCGCCGUGAUCGGCUCCAACCAGCUGAUAGAGGUGAAGGGGAAGAAGAUUCGUGGACGGCUGUACCCCUGGGGUGUAGUGGAGGUGGAAAACCCCGAGCACAACGACUUCCUCAAACUGCGCACUAUGCUAGUAACUCACAUGCAGGACCUGCAGGAAGUCACUCAAGAUCUCCACUAUGAGAACUUCCGUUCAGAGAGACUAAAGCGAACUGGCAGGGCGGCUGAAGAAGAUGUGAUGGACAAAGACCAGAUCCUCCUGGAGAAGGAAGCUGAGCUGAGACGCAUGCAGCAGAUGAUCGCUCAGAUGCAAGCUCAGAUGAAGAUGAAACCAGGAGACGACUAAGUGUGUGUGUGUGUGUGUGUGUGUGUGUGUGUUGUGGGAACAGGAAGUGCCAUCUGACUGGAGGUUACUUUAUCCUACCCAUUUCUAAACACUAUUUGCUUGUUGAAUCCCUCAUGUUUAUCAGAUUAAUGGAACGUAAUGUUAAUGUCGUCUAAUUGAUGUAACCAAUCACUCAUGAUCACAGCUCCGCCCAUACGAACAACUGCAACACUGAAACAAACAGUCCAUUAUCAUGACAUUUAAUCAAUUGGGUUAAACACUGUUAAUAAUUUAUAUAACCUGUAGUCAGUCAUGGUUUCAUUGACAAUGUUCAGCAUAUGUUCAUCUGUAGAUUGAUUAGGGUUUGUGGUCCACCGGAGACUAGAUGUUUUUCUGUGCCAAACACUUUUUAAGCUGCUGGGAUUGAACCAGUCAUGCAUCAGGCUGGCAUAUGUUUACCAGAUCUCCUUGUCAGUACUUUAUUAAGCAUAUACAGUAUAUAUAUUCCUUUGACCUUAGAUACAUGGGUUAAAAUAAGAGGACGAUGCACUGGUAAAUGAACCCGGUCAAGUUUACAGUUUUAUCAAAUGCACGGGUUCAUAAUCGUCAUGCAUUCACAGACGUGGAUUAAUAUCAGUUUGAUGGACUGGUUUAUGAAAGUGUGUUUGAAAAAGCAUUGUGUUUAGCCCAUACAAAUCAAAACAGAUGCUCUGAUCAUAUUUCUUUGAAAUGCGUUUGAAAUGCAUAGUGUUGAUUUGAGCUGCACUGGGCAGCACUUCCCUCUGGUGGACUACAGAAAAACAACCUGAAGUACAAUAGAAGGCACAUAAAGUGACAAUUUGCCUGCAUCAUGAAAAAACUAAGACCACAAUUGGACAAUCUAGUGACAUCAUGUUUGCAUUUUGUCAAUAAUACAAUAUCUUUUUGAAAAAGGAUUCGGUUAAUAGAGCGACUCAGCAAAUGUAUGUAAGUUCAUUUUUUUGAUUCACAGAAAUGCCUUAAAAAUGCCUUUAAGAGACAAUGCACACAUUUUCUUCUUUUAAACUUAUUAUGUUUUUUUUCUGUAAUUUUUAUUGCAUUAAUUUCACUUUAUUUACUACUUAACCAUUAACUUCUACCGCAGUGAUCUUUAUAAUAGCUGGAGUCUUUAUAACUGUAUGUUUUAAAAGUUCAUCUAAACGGUACAAGGUCUAAGAAACGGACUGAAACGCACCAUCACUGCCUGCACAUCAAUGUCCGAGACCUUUUACAGCAUUAUAAUGAGUUAUUUGCUCAUUUUUAAUGUCUGCUGUAAACACACUGAUUUUGUUUUGUUGUAUUUGUGGUACAGCCCAGUUAUUUUGUCUCGGUUAUCUCCUGUUUAGGCCUUUUUUUAAGUCGUUGUGCGGUACAGUAUUAAUGCUUACUUCCCUGUUUCACAUGGUCCUUUUUGUAUUUGCUCAUGUUGAGAAAUAAAUAACUUUCUGAAUCA